AUGGGAGACGCAGGACAGCACGCCGCCGACCUCUCGGCCGCCUUCGAGCGAGACGUCAUCCUCGAGGUCCGUAGCAGCAAGAUGAAGACGAUGCCCGGGCUCAGCAUCCAGACGGGCAUUGACAAACAGAUCCGCCACGGCAGAGUGCCUGUCUCGACUCUCGGGCUCGACGAGGACGAGCACGACCUCAUCUUCCACGGCGGCCUUGACAAGGCUGUUCACGGCUACUGUUCCUCUCACUACCCGAGCUGGCGCAAGGAAUUCCCCGACGCCGCAGAGCGCUUCAAGCCCGGCGCGUUUGGCGAGAAUCUGGUGACGGCGCACAUGAACGAGCGCAACGUGUGCAUUGGCGACAUCAUGUCCGUCGGAACCGACGGGCUCGUGCUGCAGGUCAGCCUCCCGCGGCAGCCGUGCUUCAAGCUCAACCACCGCUUCCAGCUCAAGAACUUUGCGCCCAACACGUACAAACUCAGCCGGACAGGCUGGUACUACCGCGUGCUGCAGCCAGGCAGCGUCCAGGCCGGUGACGAGAUCCGCCUCCAGGAGCGCAGGUGGCCCGGCUGGACGAUCGAGAGGGUCCAGGAGUACCUCCACCGCAAACAAGACGACGCCAAGAUGAAUGCCGCGCUCGCACAGGUCACGGACAUGGGCGACGAGAGCCGCGGCGCGUUCCAGCAGCGCGUCGCGAAGCUCGAGGCCAAGAGAAAGCGCGAGGCGCGCGGCGAGCAGGCAGAGGCAGAGACGGGACCCGUCGCCAAGUGGCACAAGUACAAGCUCGUCGAGAAGAAGCCGGAGACUCCCCGGAUCGCAUCGCUCGUCUUCGAAGCACUCGAGCAAGAUCCAGAGGUCAAAGAAGCCGCCUAUGGCUCACACAUCCGGCUGCGCCUCCCCAGCGGCCUCCUCCGCUCAUAUUCUAUUGUCGAUGGCAACGCGAACCGGUUCGAGCUCGGCGUCGCCCUUGAGACCCCAAGCCGCGGGGGCUCCGUGUACUUGCACCAGUCGAUUCAGCCGGGCGACGUAAUCGAGGCGGCACUGCCAAAGGCCGAUGCUAAACCGCAGGGCACAAAGAGCAACCACGUCUUCAUCGUGGGCGGCGUCGGCAUCACGGCGUUCCUCAAGCUCAUCGAGGGGUACCGAGGCAUCCACUGGAACACGGUCGUGCAUUACGGCGUGCGCAGCAGAGACGACAUACCCUUCCGCAGCCGCGUCGAUGCCAUCGGCGGCGGCGACGACGACGACAAAUCGCUCACUGUAUACGAUGCCUCUGCCGGCGAGCGCAUGGACAUUGCCCAGAUCGUGGCCGGGCUGUCGUGGAACUCGCACCUCUACGUGUGCGGGCCGCCGCGCAUGAUGGACGCGGCGAGGCGCGCGGCCACCGCCGCCGGCCUCAAGGAGGAGGACAUGCAUUUCGAGGCGUUUGCCGCCGAUACCACGGGAGACCCCUUCGAGGUCGAGGUGGUGAACAGGGGAAACAAGAUGCUGCAGGUCGGCAGUGACGACACCCUUCUCGAGGUCCUCAGGAGGGAGCUUGGCCCGGGCCAACAAGACCAAGAUGGAGAACACCGAGGCGCACAGAUUGAUAGUAGUUGCGAGGUGGGCAACUGCGGGACGUGCAAGAUCACAUUGAAGAGCGGCAAUGUGGAUCACCGUGGCACCGCCCUGCUAGACGACGAGAAGCAGACGUCGUUGUUGAGUUGUGUUAGUCGUGGCAUCGGUAGGAUCGCGAUUGAGAUCUGA